GGUACGACACAGCUACAAAAUACAGCAAGGACAGCUACGAUACGGUACCAGGUACGAUCUGAUGCACAAGAAAGAGUUCGAGGUUGGUGCGCUAAAUACAAUUGUCGUUCGAUAUUCUAGCCACACAUUCGACGUCGAUACCUAUACAAAGAGCAACUGGAACUUCAGUCGUCGAACACAAAAGUGCUAAUUACAUUAGGCACGACGAAGAGAGAUCGAGGAACAGCACGGAUACGAAAAACACCACGGUCGAAAAACCAUGACGAAGUCUUUGUUCAAGUGUUUGGUUUGGUCGGUUGCGGGUUUCAUGGCUGCGACAGCUUUGAUCCCUCCGGUACCCGAACACAACCGUCCUGUAUGUUGCAAUACUCCGAUUCGAAGCAACCCUCAAAACAUCCUCAAUAUUCACAGCAACAAUAACGAUUGCAUCCACCACAAUUCUUGCAGACAAAGCACUGCAUUGCGUGUUCUUUCCGAGGAGGUUGGCGAAUCGCUCUCUUACAUCAGCAAGAACGAGGAGGGAGAAAAAGUUCCGUACGUGGUGGCACGCGGGGAUGGUUCGGUGGGUGGUGGAGGUCUGGCCAUGCCGAAAGCAAGCCGACAAACCAACGACGAGGGCGAAAGCGAACUAGACGAAGAAUUGCGACGACCCAAGGUUGGCGCGGAAAUGCCGCAGGGGUGAGUGAUUAGUUUAAUAUUCAAUAUGUUGUUAUUCCUUGCGUGUUUAGUGUGGCGACAAGGCGAAAAACGAUCGAGCUCGUUCGUGACUUUGGAUUUCGGUCUUCUUCGUUCGUUAACAAUGGCUUUUUUCUUUCUUGCAGUCGACCUUCUUGGUUCCGAGUCCCAGCUCCAUCUUUACUGGAAGAAUCGCGGUAUACCGAGGUCAAGAGCUCUCUGGAGGAUCUGAGCUUGAAUACGGUUUGCGAGGAAGCACAGUGUCCUAACGUCGGAGAAUGCUGGUCGGGCGGAACGGGAACGAUUAUGCUUUUGGGCGAUACCUGUACCAGGGGAUGCAUGUUCUGCGCGGUGAAAACAGAUACCAAGCCACCCCCACCCGAUCCAUUCGAGCCGUUCAAGACCGCAGACGCUGUCGCAAAAUGGGGGGUCGAUUAUAUUGUUCUGACGAGUGGUAAGUGAGCUCGCAAUGGACCAUGAUGAGCGCGCAGUUUAGGAAUUUCAUUUAGAACAACGAGAUCUGCGAUUCGGAAGUUAACAACCGGAGCUCUAACCGGAUGCCGCAUACAAUAUUCUUUGAAUCGUGUUCACAGUGGACCGUGACGACAUCGACGAUGGAGGAGCGCAACAUUUUGCACACACGGUGGAAUUGUUGAAGUACAAAAAGCCCGAACUUUUGGUCGAAUGUUUGGUGUCCGACUUUCAGGGAAAUCUCACCUCGGUGGAAACUCUGGCCGUUUCGGGAUUGGACGUUUACGCUCACAACGUCGAGACAGUAGAACGGCUGCAGAAGGUAAGAAAGUGUUGGGUUGCUUUUUCAAAACUGCAAACCAUUGUUGGCACACAACACAGGAUCUCAAAUUGCUUGUCUUUUAGUUUGUUCGGGAUCCAAGAGCGGGAUACCAACAGAGUCUGUCUACCCUGGAACACGCCAAAAAGGCCAAACCGGGAUUGUAUACAAAGACCAGUAUCAUGCUGGGACUUGGUGAGACUAAGGAGGAGGUGCUUCAAACGAUGAAAGAUCUUCGCGAGAUUGAUGUUGAUGUUGUCACUUUUGGACAAUACCUUCGACCAACUGAAAAUCACCUCGCGGUCGUCGAAUAUGUCAAGCCAGAGGUGUUUGAUUAUUACAGAGAAGUGGGGGAAGAGAUGGGAUUCAAAUACGUUGCUAGCGGACCACUGGUACGAAGUUCCUACAAGGUAAGGAGGUUUUUAGCCUUUUGUUGCACGGUACUGUACUUUUUGCGACAUGUGUGUGGUUUGUGUGAACGUACCUCAAAGCAUUUUUUUCGCUUCGAAAAAGGCCGGUGAAUUUUAUCUCGAACAUAUGAUCAAGACAGAACGAUCUGCGCAGCAGAAUGAAGAACCCGAAGUAAUCGUAGAAUGCGAGUAAAAAAAAAUCAUAGAGUAUGCUAUAAGUUAUCUAUCAAUAAUAAUAGAUUUACUGGUAU